AUGUCUCUGCUUUGGAAGUUGGCGCGUAUGAAAGACGAGGAACGGAGGAAGAAACGGGACGAACUCAGUUCUAACCAAGAUGUUUUUAGCGUUCUAAAAGGCGCAACCGUUUUCAGCGUUCUAGAUGGCGCGACCGAUGUUUUCAGCGAUCAAGAAGGCGCGACCGAUGUUUUCAGCGUUUUAAAAGACGCGACCGAUGUUUUCAGCGUUUUAGAUGACGCGACCGAUGUUUUCAGCGUUUUAGAUGGCGCGACCGAUGUUUUCAGCGUUCUAGAUGGCGCGACCGAUAUUUUCAGCGUUCUAGAAAACGCGACCAAUGUUUUCAGCGUUCUAGAAGACGCGGCCGAUGUUUUCAGCGAUCGAGAAGGUGCGACCGAUGUUUUCAGCGUUUUAGAAGACGCGACCGAUGUUUUCAGCGUUCUAGAUGACGCGACCGAUGUUUUCAGCGAUCGAGAAGGUGCGACCGAUGUUUUCAGCGUUUUAGAAGACGCGACCGAUGUUUUCAGCGAUCGAGAAGGUGCGACCGAUGUUUUCAGCGUUUUAGAAGACGCGACCGAUGUUUUCAGCGUUCUAGAUGACGCAGCCGAUGUUUUCAGCGAUCGAGAAGGUGCGACCGAUGUUUUCAGCGUUUUAGAAGACGCGACCGAUGUUUUCAGCGUUCUAGAUGACGCGACCGAUGUUUUCAGCGUUCUAGAUGGCGCGACCGAUGUUUUCAGCGUUCUAGAAGACGCGACCGAUGUUUUCAGCGUUCUAGAUGGCGCUCCCUUCGUCCUGACGCAGCCGAUCGUUCUAGAUGACGCAGCCGAUGUUUUCAGCGAUCGAGAAGGUGCGACCGAUGUUUUCAGCGUUUUAGAAGACGCGACCGAUGUUUUCAGCGAUCGAGAAGGUGCGACCGAUGUUUUCAGCGUUUUAGAAGACGCGACCGAUGUUUUCAGCGAUCGAGAAGGUGCGACCGAUGUUUUCAGCGUUUUAGAAGACGCGACCGAUGUUUUCAGCGUUCUAGAUGACGCGACCGACGUUUUCAGCGUUCUAGAUGGCGCUCCCUUCGGCUACACGCUAAAUCUGUGCAUGCAUGAUUGCGACAUAUCAGACGGGGAAUCAGACAUGUUAUUCCUUCCUGGCAGAGGUCCGUUCCGGAAGAUUUACGACGUUCUGCGACAAUGGCUAAUGGCCUCGCGGAACAAUCCAGCCGCGCAAAAGUAUCUGAGAAGCAGCGCGUCCAUUGUCCACGAAAAACGUCGCCAUUGGCGCAAUCACACGCAUAUUAUUCAUCCGUUUAGCAUGUUCAGGCAUUACUGGGACGUUCUGAUGGUUUUCCUGAUAACCAGCCUGCUGAUGCUUGUGCCUUAUCAAGCUACAUUCGAAAUGGGGAAAAAGUCGCGUAUCUGGAACACUAGUAAGAACAUCUUACUUCUCGUCUGCUGCUCGGACAUAGUGGUCAACUGCAUGACUGGAUACUUCGACAAGGAGGUGCACGCGGUGAUUCUGGAGCAACGGAAGAUAAUGAACCGCUACGUGAAGCACAGCACCUUCCUUCUAGACCUCCUCGGUUCCUUCCCCACGGACCUCUUCUUCCUCUCCGUCUGGAUGGAAUACACGGUGUCCCGUAAAACCACGUCCCUGAUGUGCAUAUUCCGCGUCUUCUCUCUAGGCUCCUACAUCAACAAGCUAGCAUUCGCCUACGACAUCCCCAUGGCACUUCACGAGUUUUGUUUAAUCCUCUUCUGGCUGAUACUCGCGUUACAUUGGCAGUCCUGCUUCCACUGGCUCAUGCCUAUAAUAACGACGUCCAUGCGCGAAGUAGAACGUCCCAGAAGCGAUUCCUGGAUCCACGUGAACAACCUAUGGGAGUCGCACAGGAGCUGGCAAUACUUGAACAGCAUUCUGCGCGCCAUAGCGACAUUCAUGAGGGCCGAUCUGCUUCACACGAACCCGAACAACGCUGGGGACACUUACAUGAUCAUAGUGUUGCAGUUAUUCGGCAUAGUGGCACCGUGGUUCCUCAUCACACGCGUCAUGCAAUUUUUCAAAGGUAUCAACAGCUCCAGACUGAGGUACCAAGGCACCGUGGCUCAAUUGAGGCAAUACAUGAGGCACAAACAACUUCCCUAUCCUACUCAAACCAGAAUCAUAGAGUACUACGAGUUUCGUUUUCAGCACAGGUUCUUUCGCGAGCCGGAGAUUAUUCACACUCUGUCCGCUCAGAUGAGACACGAGAUCAGUAUGCAUUCUUGCAGGAAGUUGGUCGAGAAUGUGACGUUUUUCAACAAUCUACCUUUGUCGCUUCUGGGAAGAAUCGUGGCACUUUUGAGGUCUGAGAUAUUUUUGACCAACGACGUGAUUGUCAGGGCUAAUCAGCCUGGUGAUUGUAUGUAUUUCAUCGCAACUGGUACGGUGGCUAUUUACACGAACUCUGGGAAGGAAGUUUGUCAUUUGGAGGACGGAGCACAUUUUGGAGAGGUGGCGCUAGUUAUGCCGAACGAGAUGAGGGUGGCCAGUGUGGUCGCUGUUGAGGUUUGCGAGCUGUACCGGUUGAAUCGAGCCGAUUUCGCGAGGACGAUACAUCCGUAUCCCAUGCUGUGGGAGAGGAUCAAGAAGAUCGCGAUCGAGAGGCACGAGAAGACGAUGAUUCUUAACGAACAGUAG